ACCGGGUUUCUUUUGGAUGGCGAUCACGGAAACUGGAUUAGAUCCGUCUUUUUGCUCGCGCUGUCGACAGCCGUGUGAAAAUAUGGCGCAGUUAUGCCACUAACCAGCAGAAUAUGCAGGUACUCGUCACAGCCCAGUCGGCUGCAGUGUUAGCAUUGUGGUAGCAAUGUGUGUAACGUUAACGUUAGCUGGGACAGAAAUAGCCAGCCCUCGUUGAAACAGCAGCCUGCUCCUGUGUUUGGACCUGCUUUGUGUUCAGUAAGCGGCCGCUUUGCAGUCUCUCUGGAAUGCAUCUCUCCAAGAAAUGCUCCGUCUUCAAAGUGGUGCUGAGUGCUCUGCUGAUAGUGGCGCUCCUGCAGCUCAUAUACCUGUCCUUCCUGUCCAAGUUUCACGGUAAGCAGCAGCGCUACAGAUACUCCGAGCUGUUUGGAGGCUCCGGGGGCAAGAAGAAUGGGCACCCCGAGAAAAACACGCGGAAAGAGCGUCUGAGAUACUCGCUGUCCACUGGUGGGAUAUUUGACAACAGUGGGCAGUACCGGGUGUACAAGAACUUGAUCAAAAGUGAUUUCACCACAAACCAGAAGCCAGGGUCCGACCCCAGCUCCAAUGUCCUGGCUUUAGCCACACACACAACCAUCAACAACCUGCAUCACCUGGAGUCUCUCCUGGAGAGGUGGCAAAACCCUCUCUCUGUGGCCAUAUUCGCACAUGGGCAAGAUGUCAAGUUUGCCACGGCUCUGGUCUACGCUCUCAGCUUCUUCUGCCCUCAGAUUCAAGCUCUGGUGGACUUCCACCUGGUCUGCCUCUCUGGAGAGAUGGCCAGUUUCCCUGAGCAGGACCGUGAGCACUUUGCAGGGCUUGAGGACUGUGCCGCUGUGUUCUCCAGACUGGAGACCCACAGAGAUAAAUACAAGAACUACGCCAUCAGUGGGAACGUCUCCUACCCCAACAACCUUCUUCGCAACGUCGCCCGAAGUGGCACGGAGUCCUCCUACAUCCUGGUCAUUGACAUCGACAUGAUGCCAAGCGCUGACCUGCACCAGCAGUUCCUGGCCAUGAUCACGAGACGAGAGCCAAUGAGCGAUGAGGUGUUUGUGUUGCCUGCCUUCGAGAUCCGCCACGCCCGGAAGAUGCCCGCCAGCAAGGCAGAGUUGGUUCAGCUCUAUCAGGUCGGCGAGGUCAGGCCAUUUUAUGAAGAGCUGUGUCCUCGCUGUCAAGCCCCGACCAACUACUCUCAGUGGGUUAACAGCCACGUUAGAGGGACGGGCACCCUGGAGGUUGCCUACACGCUCACCUGGGUGGACCCCUGGGAGCCUUUCUACAUCGGGCCCCACACUGUGCCCCUCUAUGAUGAGAACUUCAAGCAGUAUGGCUUCAAUCGCAUCAGCCAGGCCUGCGAGCUCCAUGUGGCCGGAUACAGGUUCUCUGUGCUGAGCUCAGCCUUCGUGGUGCACCGCGGCUUCAAGAUCCAGGGGGAGUUCCAUGCCAGGAAGGACGAGGAGAACAAACGCAAUCGGAUUCUGUUUCGCAACUUCAAAGAGGGCCUGAAAACCAAAUACCCAUCCUCCAGCCGACGGUGCUGAAACAAGAUGAGGCCCGUACAUCCCGCCUCUAUCUGUCUCUAAUGAAAUCACUCUCCUGCUGAAAAGACGGAUGUACAUUUCUCUUAUUUUAACCAGAUUUAGCUUUGAGUCAGGCUCUCUCUGCCCAAAACAUCCCAGCUUUUUUUUUGAUUUCUUCUACUGGCGGCACAGUAGGAGUUUAAUCCAACUCUUGGGUUUAUUUCAAGUCCCUCUAAAAGUGAGCAGCAGGAAGUGUUCUCUGGGGAUUUCUGAGAGCGUCCUGCUAGUUGGGACUGAAAGUAAGAAAUGGAUCAUUCAAGACUGGAAAACUGGCCAGCAGCUUUAUCUAAAAUCCAAUGCAAAUCUAAAAUCUAGAUGCCAUUCGAUCAACAUUCAUGUUGUCGCAUAUGAGGUACAUUUUCUAUUGUAAAACAUUUGUGAGCUCGUCCUGAUAUGGAGCUAGACACUAAAUGUGACAACAAGACUCGACAUAAUCACUCAGAGAGAUAUCCUAAGAAACAGAAGUCCUAAUAUCACAGUACUGUAACAUGAAGUUAAAGGUCCUGCAUUUCAUGACAGCUGAUCAAAGACUGCCUUGUUCCUCAAAGUCCAACUGAAAUCACACUCAUCCUUUUUUGCUGUCAAAAGUAAUGUCAAAUUUAUAGUUCUCCUUUUUUUAUUACAAAAAGGAAGAGUGUCUUUCUGUCCCAAAGAUAGAACUAUGUUACUGCUCAAUGCAAAUAUGGUUUGAAAUGACACAAUAUGACUGCGUUUAUGAAAACAAGAUUUUGUAUGUGUAGAAAAUUAACAGCCUUCUGACUGGUUAAUGCAAACACAUGGGCACAAUCAUGAAACCAAGCUUUCCAGCUUUCCCAUUGACACAUAAUCCCACUAACAUCCACUAUCAUCUGACUAAAAUGGGAAAGGUUACAGUCGGCAUGUGGGAAGUGAUGGGAAUAUGACACCUGGGGGGACACGCUAAUUUUAAUCCCUUUUCAGCGCAAUCAUGUGCUGCCACAAAUUCCAUCCAUCUCUGUCCAAGCAGUGCUCAAACAUCGUUACAAAUUAGUCAGUAACGAGUAUGACUAAAGACUAAUAAUAUACCGUAACAUUUUCACUUGCCUCCAUGCUGCUUUCUAUUCUUUACUAACCUUGUUUCUGCUGCAUUUGUGACAUUGAACAAGACUGUAGUUGGAAAGAUUAAUCAAUUAGUUGUCAACUAUUAGAUUAAUUGCCAACCAAUUUCAUAAUCAAUUAAUCGGUUUGAGCAUAUUUUUGAGAAAAAAGGUCAGAAUUCUCUGAUUACAGCCUCUUACAUGUGAAUAUUUUCUGAUUUCUUUACCCCUCUAUGCCAGUAAACGGAAUAUUUUCAGGUUGUGGAAAAACCAAGACAUCUGAGGAUGUUGCUUUGAGAAAAGCUAUUUUCUGACAUUUUGUCAACCAAAUACACAAUAUAUUAAUCGAGAAAAUUAUUGACAAGUUAUUCGAAAAUGAAAAUAAUCGUUAGUUGCAGCCUUAAAAGUGACACACCAUUAAAAUAAACAGAAAUGCAAAUGGAUAAGGAGUCUAUUGCCUAUUUUUAGCAGGUUUUCCCACAUUUAAAAAAACUGCACAUGUGCUAAUAUUGGUAGAGAAAGAGUAUAAUUCUCCCUUUUGGUUUCUGAUUUAUUUCUCAAAGGAGCAAACAGGACACACAGUUUAUAGAGCAGAUAUGUAUGCUAUGUGUGCUGUAGCAGGGGGGAAAAAAAUCAAUUUCAGUUGGACUUUAAAUUCUGGCAGGGCGAUCACAAAUAUCUGGCCUGUUUCCAGACAUUUUUGUCAAAUAUUUGCAGCUGUUCAAUAAUUAUUAUGGUGCAAAACAAAAUGGCAGUUCAGUCUAAUUAUCAGGCUGACUACAAACCCAGUUUUUCAUAAAUGUAUCUCUUUAUACUAAAUGCUUGUGUCUUUUAAAUGCUGUGCCAAUCAGUGAUGUGGUCUGACCACCAGAUGGCAACAGGCACUUGAUUGAGUGCCGUGUUGCAGUUUAUUUUAGCCUGAAGUGAGUGUUGGAGACACUACAGCAGAACACAGGGAUUACACAACGCCUGUGUUGUUUGGCGCCCAGGGGGAUGAAAAUUUUCAGCGCCACAACUGUCAGCACAUUUCAUACGUUCUCAGUCUCCUGUGAGUGCUACAGACUGAAGAGAUUACUCACACGUCAUGAGGACAACGAAGCACUGGGAAACUUUACCUAGAACAUUAUACGACACUAUGAUUUCACCAACACUGUGGAGAACUACUGUAUUAUAACACAGAGGAUCUGACGCUGGUAGUCGGCUAGAUUAUCUAGAGUUGGGAGGUUUCUCCUGAGUUUAUGAUGGGGCCAGUGGGCCACAGGUAGAAAUGUAGCAUGAGUAAAAAUACUGCACAAUCAAAAGCAGUGUUGUCAAAAGGAUUUCUGUGGACAUGUUUAUCUCAACACCACUAGAAGAUAGCAAAUUAUUGAUCUUAAACAUAUUAUUCUGUAACCUCCUGGUACAUACAGCACAUACAGUAUUAAACCUUGCUACCACUCUUCUCAUAUAAACAGUACUGCAAAGUAUGCAUAUACAAAAAAUAUUUCGUUACUUCUAAGUGUUCAGUUGAUAUGUAAUUGUUGAUUUUGAGAGAUUUAAAUAUGUUUGUGUUUAUGAUAUAUUUAUUGUUAAAUGUUUUCCUUUGACUGGAAUUCGUUGAACCAUUUUUUUAAAUGACCCCAAGCAGGAAAACUGUAGCACAAAAUUGUGUUUGGUGCGAAAAAAUCAUGUUUGGUAUUAAACUAUUUUCUUUUUUUUUUUUUAGAAACACUAUAAAACUAUUUUUAUUUGAUACUUUUGGAGUGAGAUCAGUUUCAACAAAUUAUCUUGUGCGAUGACGUGGUGUAGUGUUUUAGUUUCUCAUGUGUCUUUUCCUUACUUGAAAAUGUUUUUUUUUUUUUUUGGUAUUUAUUUUUUCUUUUUGUGAUCAGAAAAUAUAAUGCCUGGUUUGUAUUGGUGGAGUUUCUAUUAAACCUACUGGCUGACUUUUAUUUGACCCAAAACUGUCACUUGUUUGUAUUUUUAAUUACUAUACAAGAUGUCUGUUCUGACAGUGACUUAUCGGUCGCACAUCGGUAUUGACCGAUACUCGGCUUUGUUGACUGCCACAGGCCUAUUGGCAAAUAAAAUUACAUUCACUGUUGGCAUUGGCUGACGUUUUUCUG